AUGAGAUUUUCUGAAAAUAUUACAGACAAUACAAGUUUGUUUAUUGAUGAAUGUAAAUCAACAAAUCAUCAGUCAUCUACUCAAUACCGUCCUUCUCGUAAAGAUCAUAUCACUUAUUCAACCGAUAAGAAAUCAUCGUCACCUUCAGAAUAUAUCUAUACUGAAAUUGUUAAAGCAAUUGGAAAUAAUGAAUUUAUUAAAGAAAAAAGUUAUCUUAAACGUGUUAGUUGGAGUCCAAUGGGACAACAUGAAUGUGGUUUACCACCUACGGGUAAACGAACCGAUACUGUUUAUUCUCCAUUAAAUAAAAAUUCCAAUCGAAUACGUAUGAGACCACCACCAUCACCAUCAUCAUCAGCAUCUAUAAUAAAAACUUCUCAACCACAACAUAUAUCUCUUACACGGCCUGUUUCAUUUAAUGAAAAAUACGAUCGUAUUUUUCUUGAUAGAAUUUCGAAUCAAUCAUCGAAUCGUAAUGGAAGUUUAUCAAAGUUACAACGUGAAACAUCACCAACACGAUCAUUAUCUCCGUUAGAUACAAUAUUACCAAUUCCAAAACGUAUAUCACCACCAAUAAUUGAUAAUAGUGAUUUUAUUAGUGAUACAUCAUCAGUAUCAUCACUGACAACAUCAAAUACAACAACAUCUUUGCCUUCAGCUAUAUAUUCACGACGUAAAAAUUUUAAUUAUGAUCGUAUUUAUUCAACAUCGACACGGCCAUUACUAAGAGAAUAUCAACAAAGAAAUUUCGAUUAUAUUGAUUCUAAAUCUUUAUCAUCAAUUUUAAAAACAGACAACAUUACUUUAACAUCUUCAAUUUCCUCUUCACAAUCGCCAACAACUUCUUCCUCUUCUUCGCCCCUUUCAUUCACUUGUUUCAAAGGUCAUGAAGAGUCGUCGUUGUCGUCAUCGUCUCUCAUAGGGUCAUCUUUAAAUCAACAUGCAAAGUUUACUACACAAACAUCAACGAUUGAUUCGUCUCGAGAGGAUAUUGGUCAUCCAACAACAACAACAACAAUACCAACACGUAGUAUGAUGACUAUGUCAAUUUCGCCUAAUCGUCAUCAUAAUCAAACAUAUUCAAUGAAUCCUAUCAACACAUCAAUUCGUCCGAUGAUGACAAAUAAUAACGAUGGAUUAAAACAACAACGAGAUCAAAUAGAAUCAACUACGAUUAGCAAUAGUUGUUUAAAAUCACAUAAAACUAAUAAUAACAAUAAUAAUAAUACCAAUAAUCGAACAAAAAAAUCUGUUCAUUUCGAUUGGCAUUUGCCUACAGAAUAUCGUCCACCAUUACC